CUUGUUGCAUGCUAAAUGUUGGUUGCUUUGUGUUACUAACCUUUUUGCAUUUGGCAUGGGAGUACGAGGUGAGUCCCUUCCUGCUGUGUUAUUGGAGUGUCAUGCCCCUUACACACACUCACUCUCAUUUUGCAUUAGGUCCGUGUCAGAGGUGAACCCGACCUCUAGUCUGGAAUCCUUACGAAUCUGGCUUGGAAGAGCAAUUCUUCCUGUUUUGAGGAGUAAGAUCGGUUCCCAUUAGGUUGUUUCCAUUGGUUAAUAAGACAGCUGAUGAUGUAAUAUCAUUCUGUGUAUUAGCUUUUGGAAAUAUCUCCCAUUGAUUCCGAAAGGAUAAAUGGUUGAGAAGGCC